AUGCUGGAGCCAGAUGUCAUCAGCUACAACGGUGGGAUCAGCGCGUGCGCUAAAGGUGGGCAGUGGCAGCAAGCCCUGGCGUUGCUCGGCGAUCUUCGGGUGUCAAAAUUAGAGCCCUCUGCCAUCAUCCUGAACGCUGGAAUCAGCGCGUACGCGAAAGGCAAGCAAUGGCAGAGGGCGUUGGCGUUGCUCCACGGGUUCUGUGAGAUGACGCUUGAGCCUACUGUCGUCAGCUACAACGCUGGGGUCAGCGCUUGUGAGAAGGGCGGGCAGUGGCAGCAUGGGAUGGUGUUGCUGAGAGAAAUGUUAGCAGCGAAGUUGGAUCCCGACGUCACCUCUACUACCUACAACGCUGGGAUCAGCGCGUGCGAGAAGGGCGAGCAGUGGCAGCGAGCUCUGUCGCUGCUCAACGAGAUGCGCGAGGCGAAGUUGAACCCCGACGUCAUCAUCUACAGCAGUGGGAUAAGUGCGUGCGGAAAAGGAGGGCAAUGGCAGCAGGCAUUGUCAAUGCUAAGAGGGAUGCGGAAUGCGAAGGUGACCCCUAAUGUCAUUAGCUACUGUGCUGGCAUCAGCGCGAGCGCGACUGGUGGCCAGUGGCAGCAUGCAAUUGCAAUGCUCAGCGAGAUGUGGGAUACGAACCUGGACCCCAAUACCUUCUGCUACAAUGCUGCCAUCGCUGCGUGUGCUAAAGAUGGAAGGUGGCAGGACGCAUUGGCAUUGCGCAGCGAGCUCUGCGCGGCGAAUUUGAAACAGGAUGCCUACAGCUUCGGCUCUGCGAUGAGUGCGUGCGUCGAAGGCGGGGAGUGGCAACCCGCCUUGUCAUUGUUUGGCGACAUGUUAGAGGCAACGUUGGAGCCCAACGUCAUUACUUACUCCGCUGGAAUCAGCGCAUGUGGGAUGGGCGGUCAGUGGCAGCAGGCGUUGUCGUUGCUCUGCGAGCUGUGGACUUCUCAACAUGAUAUGGACGAGGUCCUUUUCGGCGCAGCCAUUAGUGCGUGCGAAAAUGGCCAACAGUGGCUGUAUGCGCUAUCACUUCUGAGCGACAUGAAUGCGGCGAAGUUGACACCUACAGUCAUCUGCUUCAGUGCUGCAGCCAGCGCGUGCGGGACAUGUGGGCAGUGGCGCGAGGCGAUGUUGCUGCUGUGGGAAACGCGGCUCGCGAAUCUGGAGCCAGAUACUAUCACUUACAACGCUUGCAUUGUUGCGUGCGAGACGGGCGGUCAAUGGCAGAUGGCCCUGAACGUGCUAAGCGAGCUGCGGAGUGUGGGUGUGGAACCAAACGCAAACAGCUACAGGGCUGGAAUUAGCGCUUGCAGUAGAGGUGGUCAAUGGCAGCACGCGUUGAUACUCUUCGGGGAGUCGUUGGGAUUAGGACUGGAACCGGACGUGAGGCUUUACUCUGCUGGUGUCAGCGCUUGCGAGGAAGGCGGGCAAUGGAAGCAGGCAUUGUCUCUUUUGAGCGGGUGCAGGGCGGCGAAACUCGAGCCGGAUGUUAUCAGCUACUGUGCUGGGAUCAGCGCGUGCGGGUCGGGCAAGCAGUGGCAGCAGGCGCUGUCGCUGUUCAGCGAAAUUCGAACGGUGAAGUUGGAACCAACUACCAUCAGCUUCAACGCGGUAAUCAGCGCGUGCGAAGAAGGCGGCCAGUGGCGGAAUGCUUUGUCGCUGUUCAGCGAAAUGGGCACGGCAAAGGUAGAAGCCAACCUAGGUAGCUUCAACGCUGGUAUCCGCGCGUGCGUGGAAGGCGAACACUGGCAGCGAGCAUUGUCGCUCUUCAGCGUCUUGCGGGAAACGACAUUGGAGCCAGACGUCAUCAGCUACACGGGUGCGAUCAGCGCAGUGGGGAGCAGUGGCAUUAUUGGCAGCAGAGGCGUUGUGUGGCGGCAGGUUGUUGCGAUGUUCGGCGAGAUGCGUGAGGUCAGCAUAGAGCCGAACACCAUGAGCUACACUGCUGGAUUGAUGGCCUGCGGGAAGCCGUGGGAAGUUAAUGCGUUGCUCAAUGAGAUGAGGGAGAUCAAUAUGGAACCGAAUGUCCGCAGCUACAGCGCCGCAAUAAGGGUGUGCGUGAAAGGUGAGUUUUGGGAGGAAGCUCUGUCGCUAUUCAGCGACUUGAAGGGAGCGCAGCUGCAGCCAGAUCUCAUCAGCUACAGCAAUUUGAUCAGCGCGUGCGGGAAAGACGUGCAGUGGCAGGGAGCACUGUCAUUGUUCGACGAGUUGUGGAAGUCAAACGUUGAACUUGACCGCUCUAGUUUCGAUGCUGCGAUUGCCGCGUGCGAGAAAGGCUCUGAGUGGGAGCGAGCGCUGUAUUUGCUCAGUGAAUCAAAGAAAGCACGAUUGACAGGUUUCACUAGCUACGUUGCUACUGUAGUCGCGUGCCGGAAUGCGCUCGAGGAUCAUUGGGUUUCGCGGUUGCUUGGGGAGUUGUGGGAGGCUAGGUUAGAGCCGGAGGUCACCAUGUACGGUGCUGGGAAGAUAGGCGAGGUGUGUGAGGCAGUUGGACAGUGGCAACAGGCGUUGCUGCUGUUCGGCGAGAUGUUGAAAGCAAAGUUGGAUUUGGAUACCCGCGGUUACAAUGCAGGAGUCCGAUUGGCCAGCGCUGGCGAUCAGUGGGGCUUGGCGUUGAGUUUGUUUCUCGAGAUGCGCGAGACGCAGUUGGAUCUUGACCUUGUGAGCUAUAACCAUGGAAUCCGUGCCUACGGGAAAUGUUCGCAAUGGCAGCACGCGCUGUCUUUGCUUAGAGAGAUGAGUAGGGCAAGAGAGAAGCCAGACGUCAACAGCUACAGUGCCGGAAUGUCGGCAUGCGAGGAGGCCGAGCAGUGGGAGCGGACGUUGUCAUUGUUCUACGAGUUGAGGGCGAUGCGGCUGGAUCACGACGUUAUCAGCUACAGCGCUGGAAUCAGUGCGCUUAGGCAGGCGGGGCAGUGGCAGCAGGCGUUGUCGUUGCUCAGCGAGGUGAUGGAUCAGAAGCUGGAGCUGGACGUAGUCGUCUGCUCUGCUGGAAUCAGCGCGUGCGCGACAGGCGGACAAUGGCAGGUGGCGCUUUUGAUGCUUAACGAGAUGAGAGAGGUUUCCGUGGAGCCCAAUAUCUACAGUUACAACGCAUGCAUCAGCGCGUGCGGAGGCGACACCACAUUGAGUCGGGCUUUGCUCGCUCGGUCCUUGCUCAACGAAAUAAGGUUUGUGAGGCUUCAGCCAGACGUCAUCAGCUAUAACGCUGCCAUCUCCGCCUGCGAGAAGGAAGCUUCCUGGAGUGAAGCCUUGGAGCUUCUGAGGGAACUGCGUGAGGUUGAGAUUGAGCCCACAACUACGAGCUACAAUUCUUGCAUUAGCGCGUGCAGUGAAAUCGGGAAUUGGGAGCACGCUACGCAUGUAUUCGACAAGUUGACAGAGGCGAACUUCCAGCCGGACAUCUUCAGCUACACUGCUCUGAUGAGGGCGUUCAGAGGACGAACUGACGGGAAGUGGGAAACUGCCUUGUGGUGGUUUGGCGAGUUGAGGAGGGCCAGGUUGGAACCUGGAGUUAUUACUUACAGCACUGGGAUUGGAGCCUGUGAGACAGAAGGACAGUGGGAACGGUCCUUGUCGCUGCUCCGCGAGAUGGUGGAGACGACUGUGGAGCCGGAUGAUCUCGCCUACAACUGCGUUGUGAGGGCGGCGACCAUAGGCGAUCAGUGGCAGCUUGCCCUGCUCCUGUUCGGCGAGUCGCACGCGAUGAAUAUGGCGCGCACCGUCGAGAGCUACAAUGCCGCGAUCGUGGCGUACCAGGUCGGCGGGCAGUGGGAGCAGGUGCUGGAUCUCCUGGCGCAGCUGACAGCGCUCGAAAUGGCGCCCAACACCCUCAGCUACGAGUCAGCAAUCAGCGCCCUGAUGGGCAAGGGCAGCGCUGCUGAGUGA